ACGCUUGCGGCAGGCACACUUCGCCGCCAAUUCCCGAAACUGUCGCACCGACGUAACGCUUUUUCCCGCACAACCUCCUCCACAUUUAUUUGGCGCUGAAAAUUCCACCAGAUGAAAAAAAUUUGCACAAAAUCGGAUUUUUAACAUCAUUAUAUGAAUAGCUACAAAACCGGAUACGAUAAAUCUGUUUUUUGAAUUUAAAUUUUUGAAUCUAUGUAACAGAAACAAUACAAAAUAUAGUGCGCGAACUGAAAACCCGUAAAAAUAAAAUGGGCCUAGCCCAAAAUAUAACUUUUUUCGUUUGUUUUUAAAUAGUUUCGUUAAGAAAUUUGUAUUAAAACAAUAUUUACUGAAAGUAAAUAGCUUUUAAACCAACUGUAAUGAAAUGUUAAUGUGAAAAUUGUGGAAUAAUUAUAGAAAUUUCUAAAAGAAAUUUAUAAGUGAGCUAAGCAAUAAUUUAUUAAUUUAAAAGUUAUGGAAUAAAAUAUAAAAAAGGAGUUUCAUAAAAGUUAAUUUUCAAGUCAAUACGACGGAAUUGAAAUACGAUUAGAUACAUAUAUGUAUGUACAUUUCGCAGGCCACUAAUACAGGGGCUUGUGUGUACAUAGAGGAGUCUAAGGACCUCGAAAUAAGGAGGCCAACAACAACAACUGCGCUGGAUUAGAUUUUGCCGCCAAGUUCCGAGCAGAAAGUUAAUAAUUUUCGAAAUCCCACCAAACGAAACCGAAAGAAUCCAAAACAAAGCAAAGCAUUUUCAAUUGAAGUCAGAUUCUGAAUGCCAGCAACCGUCAGCCCACCUGAGCAGUAGCACCAGAUCCGCCCCCGCCCGCGGCACCAGUCCCCCUGGCACCCACGCACGCAAGCGCAGGUCCCCGGGAAACCCCCCAGAAAUCCCCAGAAAAAGGAAUAAAUAAAUCGACAGGAAGAGGAGGCCCAAGGAGCUGAGAGAAAUUUAUUUUGAUUCGCCUUUUGUUUUAAUCGCACAGCCGAAAAUGUGGAGGAAAGCGAGGGAAACGCGUCGUCAGGGUCAUUCUGAAGCCCCAAAAGCAUCACCAACAUCAACAACAACAGCAAUCAGAGGAAGGACACAAACUGCAAAAGGAUUACUACUCACAUGGAUGCAAUUUGCAGUUCUCGUCGCUGCGACAGUUCUACUCAACUGUACUGGAUGUCAAGCUGCCGGACGUGCCCCGCCGGAACCCUAUUACGGCCGCUAUAUUGGAAACUUUACUAACUUUGCCCACGGCAUCAAGGGAAAAAUCUACGCGGUGGACGAGUCUACCUUGUUCGUCAAGUCCUUUGCCUACGAUGGCACCGGUCCGGAUGCCUUCUUCUGGGUGGGCAAGACACCACGCCCCAGUCCCGAGGGCUACAUUAUACCCUAUCCGGAGGAGUAUUCGGGCAUCGAUCCCCCCAUUUUGCAGGCGCACAACCGAACGGACAUCAUACUGCGUUUACCCAUGGGCAAAAGGAUUAAGGACAUUCGAUGGCUGUCAGUGUGGUGUAGACGCUUUACGGUUGAUUUCGGAGAGGUGUUCAUCCCGCCCAAUCUAGACGUGCCCAAGCCCCGCGUCCUGCCCGAAUUUAAGCGUUUAGCUCAUGGCCUUCGCUCCAGCAACAUCAGCGUGUUGGAUGCCAAAACGUUUUACAUUCCCAAUCUGCAUUACGAUGGCGCUGGACCGGAUGCUUACUUUUGGGUGGGCAACGGCAGUGAACCGAACAUCAUGGGCGUUAAGGUGCCCAAUGAAAUGGGAUCCUUGGAACCCUUGCGUGGCUACCAGGGCGAGGACAUUGAGAUUCAGUUGCCUGGUGGAUUGACCGUCUACGACAUUGACUGGCUAGCCGUUUGGUGUGUGGAGUAUCGACACAAUUUUGGCCACGUCUAUAUCCCCAGGGACCUGGACGUACCUCCGGCCUUGGGCCAGACCAAGAUAACGCCUCCAUGGUGGUAUUCACCCACCACCACGACUCCACGGCCGGUGUACAGCAAUUGUCGCGAGAUCCUGCCGAAUAGGCUUCAGGUGAAAUGGGAGCUCCAGGGUGAAUAUAUACAGAUCGAGCUCUUUGGCCGCAUCACCGAGGACCAGUACAUGGCCUUUGGACUAUCCGGUGCCAAUGGACGGCCGCAGAUGGCCCAGUCCGAUGUGGUUGUGGCCUUUUACGACACCAACGCUCGUGUUUUCCGGGCGGAGGAUUACUUUAUCUCGGAUUUGUCCCAGUGCGAUGGGCAGCGCGGUGCUUGUCCUGACGAAAGAAUCGGAGCCCGGAAUGAUGUUGUUGUGGUAAGCGGUGACCGGAAGAACGGGGUAACCACCAUCCGCUAUAAGCGACUCCUGCAAACCAACGAAGCCCUGUACGACACUGCGAUUCCCAUCGAUCGAGAGGUUUCAGUCAUCGCUGCCAUUGGUCCCUUGAAUGCCCGUAAAGAGGCGAAUGCCCAUUCCCACACCGCCAGCGAUCAUAACCAGGACGAUAUUCGUAUUAACUUUGGAGCAAGAAACGAUCACGCCUGCAAGAGUUCGCUGUACGAUGUCAAGGACGAGAGUGGACCCAGGCCAUGGCCCACGAGGAAGAUCGAAGGUGUCAGGAAGUUCCGUGCCAGCAUUGGACCCACGGGGGGCAAACGCGGCUACACGGCCAUUACUGGCGUACCGUCGUGGGGCAUUGCUUGGUAUGUGAACGAUUUGCUGAUCCCUGAAAUCACAGUGGAACGUGGCCUGAGUUAUGAAUUUAUCAUCGAGGGCGGCAACGAUCCGUCUCAGCCAGCAAGAUAUCACCCAUUCUACAUUACGGAUUCGCCUGAAGGCGGACUUGGCCAGAAGAUGGGUCUGGAGGCCCGGAAGCAAAAGGCUUAUGCUGGUGUGGAGUACGACGAUGAUGGCAAUGCCAUACCCACAGCGGCUGGUCGCUAUUGCGAGUGGGAACACCAGACCAUUGAUAAAUCGGCGGAAAUCGACACUUUCGAAGAGUAUGUGAAAACUCUGGUGUAUAGGUGCGCUGAUGGAGAGCCUGGUUAUUUGAAUUGGACAGUUCCAAUGAAUGCUCCUGAUGAGCUUUACUAUCAGUGCUUCACCCACAACAACCUGGGCUGGAAAAUAAAGGUGGUGGACAUGGGAGCAUCCAGGGGAGCAAACCUCGGCAGCAGCCAUCUCUCCGUGUAUGGAAUUGUCAUGGUUAUUAGCCUGGUUGCGACACGCCUUCUUUCCAGAGGCUCUGUGCUUGCCUGAUAGUGCCCUAAGCUUGCCCAGUAAAUCGGUUUAAAAUUUAGUCUAACCUCCAAAACCAUAAGCAGACAAUGCUCCAACCUUCUGGACACAUAUCUAUAUUCUCACAUAUCUCUUUCCAUAACUAUAUACUGCUCAUAUCGUAUUAUUUUUCUCCACGAAUCCAUUGAAUCGAAUUUAUUAUUUGGCAUUGUAUUUGGACAUUGUCUGCCAUGCGUUUUGAGCCACUCGGCGGCUUUCACAACCAGGCUAAUAUCAUCUGACAAACAUAUCUUGACAAUAAUUCGUAAGAUGUAAAACUGUUGAAAUUGUGUGUGCAUGCGUGAGAGUGCCCACUGUACUAGUGGAGUGGGCGAAGAAUGGAUGUUGGCCGCAACCGAAACUGAAUCGGUUGGCGGCUCUAGAUUCUGCAAAUGAGUUGGAGGGGCAGCGAGAUCUUUUUGUAAAUUUACGAGUAUGGAAUUCUACUUUUUUACAUGUAUACUUAUUAAAUUUACUUAUACAUCUACAUUUCUAGUACAGUAAAAUGUAAUUUUUCUAGCAGCUAGAUACUGAAACAUAAAGAAUCAAAAAUGUUUGCUAAGCGGUUCCCUGUACGCCGACAAUAAGAAACAGUGACAUUGAGACAAUAAACGAACAAUGAUAAUAAUGGUGUGGCUACACACAAAAAUAUUCAAAAAAGAAACAUUUAUUUAGAGGGGCCUCGAAGGGAGGUCCCAGAACAUUGUACAAUAAGAAACUUAGGAGUGUAGGGAGGUUGGGCAACAACAAAUGCAAUUUGUAAGACAAUAAAAUCUGCAAAUAUGUCAGUUUUGGGAAUAUUAUGACGACAAUACAAUAAUUUUAAAGAAUUUGAAUGUACUAAAACAAUAAUGAUAAAACACUAUGUUAUUUAAUGCUAUUGACUACACUGUGGUGCUUCUUGUAACGAUAUUAGAUGAAAUGUAAAUGCACGCCACAAAUUUAUACAUGUAAUGGAAUCCAAGAAAAACCCCCCUUCUGAUGGGGACUCCGUUUUUGUUAUCAGAUGAUUUUCUUAUAACUUUUUUAACUAUAUUUGCGUAAUUGGUGUUUUUAUAUAAGCAUGGUACGUAUUCAAAUAUGUAUGUUUACAAUAAGAUAUAUGUGUACAUUGGUAAGCGAUUAAUUGAAGGACAACAACCAGUGGAAAAUAAUUAAAUAUUCUGGACAAUAACACAUGCAUUAAGUAAUAUUAUAAAAUAAUAGAUAUGUAUGCAUGCAAGGUUUUGGUAAAUCUUUUUGAUAGAAGUACGGAAAAUACUUGGAUCGAUUGAAUAAAUCAUUUUAUCGCAUAGGCCGAAUUAAUAGAACUAACUUUUCCUAAAAGUAUAAAUAUUGGACACUCGAGUUUGUUAAGUUUCUCUAUUGUUAUGUUGGGUUCUCCUUUAAACGUUUUUCCUUUGUUAUCCUCAAAUAACUAGGCUUAAAGGGUUAAUUUUUUGUUUGUACACAUCUAAGACACUUGUGGGCAGUUUUGAUAAUGAAAUUUGUAAAGAUCUGAAGAGAGGGUUUGUACCACUAAGGCGAUUUUUGUAUAGUUGAUAAAGCUAAGCGCACAAAAGUCCAUGAAAGUGAAACCCAAAGACGUAAUAACGCGCAAAUCAAACGAUUUAUAAACGAAUUCAGACCGUUUGUACUCCAUUUAUAUAAAUAUACAUACUUAUAUAUAUUUACAUUACACGAACAAGACAAGAAUAUGACUCUUAAAGAAUAUCCCUAAAAGUUUAAAGAAUUUCCAUGUCGAUUAUAACUUAACAUCUCGUACUUAGAUAGCAACAUUUUCUGCAUUACCUAAACAAAGUACUUUCAUUACAAAUAAAAAAGAAAUCAAAAGAAACU